CCAUACCUCACUGGCUACGCUGAGCGGGCUCUCGUGUUUCUGGGCGGAGGAAGGCGGGCUCUGCUGGAGCAGGAAUGCGCCGGAGGGACUCCUGCACUCCCGCACACUUUAAGAUGGACACCUGGCUGUGCGUGUAUCUGCUGCUGGGACUACAGCUUUGCCGCUGCUUCGCUUACGACGGGUCGGGGUACUGGCCCUACACCGACGAUGAGGAUGUACGAUACACAGGUGUGCCAUGGUGUGCUCCUGUCAAGGUGAAGCAUGGCCAUGUGAGCUGCCUUACGCCACAUGGGGAGCGUUACCAUAAUGUUCUUGCAACCCGAUGCAAGAUCCAGUGCAAGAGAGGCUACGAGCUGCAGGGAAGCAGCGAGAUCCUGUGCAUGGCCAGUAAACAGUGGUCAGGAAAAUACACAUGCAGAGAGGUACGCUGUCCGAAGCUGGCCAUGCCAUCAAACGGUGGCUACAAGUGUUCUGAUGGCUUCUACUUCAACUCUCGCUGCCAGUUCUUCUGCUCACCAGGAUACACACUCCGCGGAGACCGCAGUGUUAUCUGCCAAAGCAGCAAGACAUGGAGCGGGGGCCAGAGUGUAUGUCUGGAUGUGGAUCCUCCAAGCAUUAAAUGUCCAAGUGUGAAAGAGAAAACAGCAGAGCCUGGAAAAUUAACUGCAAAAGUGACCUGGGAUACCCCAGAGGGCAAAGACACAGCAGAUGGCAUACUCACAGAUGUGAUUCUAAAGGGGAAGCCUCCAGGCACACAUUUUCCAGAAGGAAAUCAUAAACAAUCAUACACUGUUUUUGACCGGGCUGGAAAUAAAGUUACCUGUAGAUUCAACAUCAGAGUGAAAGUGCGCCGUUGUACCCCACUGUCAGUUCCUGAAAAUGGCUGGAUGAAGUGUGACAGUGCUGGGGAUAACUAUGGGGCCACAUGCAAUUUCCGCUGUCUGGGAGGUUAUGAGCUGAGAGGCAGUGCUGCCCGAGUUUGCCAGUUCAACAUGGAAUGGUCCGGUAUCGAGACCAGCUGUGCAGCUAUGAACAUAAAUGUUGGAGUGAGAUCUGCAGCUGAACUACUGGACCAGUUUUAUGAGAAACGGCGCCUUCUUAUAAUCUCUACCCCCACUGCUGCUAAUCAUUAUUACAGAUUCCAGAUGUCUAAUUUACAGCAUUCGCAAUGUGGCUUGGACCUGAGACAUGUGACUGUGAUUGAGCUAGUGGGGAUUUAUCCAGCUCAGAUAGGGCGCAUCAGACACCGACUUAUACCCUCAGGACUGGCCCUACAACUCAGACUGCUGCUGCAGCUGUCCCAGAACUCAUUUAACCUGGUGCUGCUGGAUAAGCAGGGAGUGGACAAGCAGCGCUACACAUACCCCAUCACAGCAGCAGAAAUCUUCAGUACUAUUGAUACCUUCCCCCUGCGCACUGAAGAGUCCAUCCUGCAGAAAGAGGCAGGACACAGCUGCUAGAUAAACAUGCGUUCACACACAAACACAUAUACACUCAAGCAAUCCUCCAUCUAUUCCUACUUGGUUUAAAGGUAACCAGACUACAUGGAGAAACAGGGCAGAGCUGCUACAUACACAAAUACGAAUGCAUGAGAGAGUUUCUUUUGUACUUGUGUAUUUUUAAAGUGCUUUACUAUAUUUUGUGUUUUUACACAUAUAUAUAUUUAUGUUAAUAUGUGUCAGAAUGGAUAGUCUGCCCACCUUCUGGCAGUCCAGUCAAAACUUCAUUUGUUUACUUGGGUUCUUCUUUUGUGAAACACAUAUGCUGAAUUUCACCCUGAAAUCUCCAGUUCAAAUAUGUCCUGUUAUUACUGAUCAGUGCACUGCAUACACACGCUCUCAUAUAAAUUUCCUUUACGAUUGUUAUUAUGUUAAAUAAAAGUAUAGCUACACCAAACACUGAAAGAAUGCAAAUGACAUGGAGUCACUUUGAGGCACUACUUUCGAAAAUAAUUGUAUUUAAAAGUCAUGUGCAAUCAUAUGCACUAAUUUAACCAGUACUGAACUGUACUGUGCUUCUUAAGUCAAACAGUGAGGGGAAACAACUAUUGAGAUAGUUAUUCAAUAUUUAAUAUUAAUAUUUUAGUUAUUUAUUAUACUUCCAGUGCAUAUAUCCACUUCAAUAUUUCCAAAUUAACAGCAUUAGUACUUUGUUGCAGAGCCCAUGUUGAGCCAAAGGUAAUUGACCUUUUGCAGCAUUGUGGUUCAGUUUUGGGCCAUUCCUCUUGGGAAACCAUUUUUAAUUUCUUUAAUCCCCUGGCUGUAUCUUGCCGUUGUUUUCUUGUUGAAAUGUCCAUCUCCUCCCCAGAUUCAGAUUCUUGGCCAGUAAUAAAUUUUCCUCUUGUA